GUUUUAAAAACGAAGGUGAUCUCAGUCAUUGACAUUACAAACGUAUUUAGUAUAAAUGUCUGUGAUCUCAUUCUUCUCCUCCAGGGAGUUUAACAGAUGAAUCCUCAUCAGAUCAGGGAGAAGAUGAUCUGCAGGAUCCUGCUGCUCAUCAUCCUCAACUCAUGUCUCUGUGCAGCAACAUUUGUAGUGAAUGUGACACAGAGCUCCUAUCAGGCAGAGGAGAACCACAGCAUCACUCUGGAGUGGACCUUCACCACCACACCUGAUGGACCCUGGAGAGAGCUGGUCAUCUACUGCUUCUUGUUAACUCCUCCCAGAGUAUUAUUUAGGUAUCAGGGCCAUGAUGGUGUUGAGGUGUCAGAGUCUCAGGAUGAACAGUUUUCAGGACGAGUCCAGAGUGACAAAGACGUCCUCAGAGAAGGACGGAUCAGACUCCAUGUGUCCAGACUGAGGACUGAAGACUCUGGUCUGUAUCUGUGUGAUGUUCAGACUGAUGAUGGCUUCAACUCUGGAAGAUGUCGACUCAACGUCUCUGCAGCUGCUGAUCAGCUUCAACCUCAGAGAACAACUUUGACUCCAGAACCAGAGAGACGGACAAAGAUCAUCUGGAUCACAGCAGCAGCAGCUUUGCUGGUUUUAUGUAUUAUUGUCCUGGUUUUUAUAUUUAUGCGUAAGGAAAAAAAGGUUCAAGUAUUAUAUAAACGUCCAUCGUGUUUGAGAAACAUCAUCUGAACUCUUAAAGGAUAUUGCGAGAAAAUUUUUAAACUUCUGUUUUAAAGAAUUUAAAAAUAUUUAAACUUUUGAGAUCUAUCAAUUCAACAAAACAUGACUUUAAAUGCAUAAUAACUUGUUUUAUAUCUUGGUACUCAGUGGUGGUUUUAGACCCUUUCUACUUUAACUCCAGUUUCUUUCUUGGUUUCUUCAUAUCAGCAGAGGUUGUUUGUAUAUCUGCUUAAUGCAAAAUAUCAGAUUAACUGAAUCUGACGUUGUUCCACCUGCAGCUGUAACUUAUUAUUGUGAAGAAG